UAAAGAGCUCGCACGCCCGCUUCUCGCGCGCGACAUGAAUAUUCAUCAAUCAUACUGUUUGGCUGCUGUGGUAGUGGAUGGGGAGCUGAUCUCUGAUCUCUAGAUGAAGAUGAAGAGUAGAACAAAGGAAGAUGCAGAGUUCCCUGAGGUUACUCCUUCUGAAGUACUGGAGGUAGGAGUGAUAGGGUUGGGUGUUGCCACGGUUACCCUCACUGGACCCAUGUCUGCAUCGAAGCUCAGUAUUAUCAUUGUGUAUAUUGUUGCAUUAAUCACACAAUUCUCAAGGAGACCAGAACAUUUAGCUGCUCAGGAAGGAUGGACGUUCAGGAAGAAUUCGACGAAUGGGGUUGUGGUCGGGUCUCUUCUCUUCAUGUUGGUAUCCCACGGCCUUCAAGGGGACACCUGUCAAGGUUUCCAGUCAGUCCUGGACUGCUCAGUGGUCCAGCUCAUGUUCCUCAAUCUAUUGGUCCUUCUAGUAUGUUCUGUUCCUAACCUAGGCAAGCCUUGGAUCAUCAUGGGUCAGACGGUCUAUGCUCUAGGAGGGUUCAUGUUUGUUAGGAGCGGUCUACAGGGCAUGCCUCCGUCUGUCACCAACAUCAUGGAUAUGUUUAUCUUUUAUCCAACCAUGACCUUGAUGUUCUUCAGUGCUCUGUUGAGUUUCUUACCUGGCAGCCUGACAGCAGGUGAGGCUCUCUUCAUCACCCAGAUACUGACUGCUUUGACUAGGGUACCAGUAGAACCAGUCUACACCGAUACACCAGAUAGACACCUGUCUUAUAUCAGAAAGGUAUGUUUGACGUCCUGUAUACACAUAGCCAUUGUGGUGAAAUAUGUAUUGUCCAAGCUUCAUGAGAUCAACAUAGCACACUCCAGAGGCAGCAUUGAUAAGAGUACAGCAGAUAAGAAAAGAUGGAAGUGGAGCUUAUAUUUCUACUUAGGAGUUGCAGCAGAAAUCUUUCUCUUUGAGCUACCAAGGCUGUAUAUAAGAAUAGGGGAAAACCCUUUUCUCUGGCUUCUAGAUUUUAUUCUCACAGACAGAAAAAGAAUUAUUCUGAUCAACAUCUGGUUAAUACUCAUGACUCUUGGUAUCGGGGUGGUGAUAUUCAACCAAACCUCUUCAACACAAGUCAGGAAGAUCUUUCAUAUUUUAGCCGUAGCUGUGUUUAUCCCGGGACUGUACCUUGACCUACAGCUGUUGCUUCUAGCCGCCACCGGACUCACAUGCAUCUUCAUAUUGACUGAGUAUAUCAGGAUCUUCCGAGUGCAGCCUUAUGGUGAUCUAAUCCACGAUGCUUUGUCUGCCUUCACCAAUGAACAGGAUUCUGGGAUAGCUAUAUUAACCCCAAUGUGUCUUCUGAUUGGUCUCUAUCAACCUUUACAUUACUCCAACGAUGCCUCAUUAUCAGAGUUCCAAUCCAAGUUAUUUCUGUACAGUGGUGUAUUAUCGACAGGCAUAGGUGAUACUGCAGCAUCUAUCAUAGGAUCUAGAUAUGGGACAAUGAGAUGGCCUGGUUCUAAAAAGACGAUAGAAGGAACCCUAGGAGCUGUGGUAUCUCAGCUCAUAGCGUGUGUCUUGUUAUCAAUCUUCCUGGGUGUAGAACCAUCAUUCAGUAGUGCUUGGAUCUCAAUUACAUGGGUUAUCAUUCUCACAUCUCUAUUAGAAGCCUUCACAUCACAGAUUGAUAACCUAGUUCUACCUUCAUUUAUGAUGGCUAUGUUCAUGGCUGUAUCAUAAGAAACUAGUUCAAUCUCCAUCUUUGUUUUACAUCAUUGUCAUUGGAAAUUGAUCAGUUCGUAACUACUAUGUUUAUAGCUGUAUCAUUAGAAUAAUUUGUAUUCUUUUAAUUUAAGAUGACUCAGAUAAGAAUUUUACCAACAAGAAUUAUCAUAUUCUUCCUUAGCAGAAGCAAUCACUAUUCCCAAAGUCUGUUUAUUCAAGAAUGUUGAUAUUUAUUGGAGUUUGAUGAAGAAGAAGUCUUAUAUUUCAACAAAAUUUAGCCCAUUUUCCUUGCCAAGGUACCCACUCCUAAUAUAUUGAGGAAUAAAGCACAAGUUUUUGUUAUAUGUGUAUGUAAACAUAUUGCCAAUGCAUUCAUUGUGCAAUUUGACUUUCCUUGCAGGGUAAAUAUAUCUUUCCUUUACGUUAACUGCUGUGAAUGAUCCUUAGAAGAUUAAUUAUAUUCCAAGACUAAAUUAUGAGACUAAAUGACAUGAAGUUGGAAAGUAUUCUCAUCUUUUUCAAAGAC